ACAGCGAGUGUGUCGCCGUUCGGCUUCCUGUGGCGGGAGAGCUCGAGGCUCGAGGGGAGACCGAGACCAAGACAGCCACACACGUCUUGCAGACCACAGGCAACCAUGGCAGAGUCUUCACUGGAGGAGACGUUCAAGCUGUUCGACAUGGAGGGUGUGAACAAGAUCAAAAAGUCGGAUGUGGGCAACGUGAUGAGGUGCAUGAAGCUGCGCCCGGACGAGGGCCAGCUUGCUGAUCUAAUGGCAGAGUUUACCUCGGGCAACGAGGUGACGCUUGACGAAAUGCGCCAGAUCGUCGACAAGUACCCGUCGAUCGCCACCCACGAGCUCGACCCGGAGGCCAUCAAGCAGGCGCUGUACAUCUUCGACAAGAAGGGGACCCGUGAGAUCCCGCGUGCAGAGUUCCUCUCGGUCAUGUCGUCGACCGCCUUUGGCCACCCGUUCUCCAACGCCGAGAUCCAGAACCUCCUUAACCUCCUCGGCAUCGACGACGACGCCGACGUCCCCAUCGACGCCAUGGUCGACAAGUUUGCCGAGGACCUCUGAUCGCUCACUUGCCUCUACACAGUAAACUCCGCAUACGUCCCG